UGAUGACUUGGUCUUAGUUUUGAAGCUUUUUCAUCACAACAUUUUAAACUGAUACUUCUAAUCUUUCACUUGUCCAAAACAUUUAUAAAUCAGCAAUUUCAUCUAGCAUCCUUCUAAAUAUCCACCCAAGCCGGUGUCUUUUGCAUGCAAAAUCACUUUCUUUUUUCUUUUAAUUUCAUCUUCAAUAUUAACCCACACUGAAACCCUGUAAAAAUACUUAUACCUCAAUGACCUGCCAAUCCAAUUCUGAUGAUACCACCCUAGAGAUGGAACUUCCGGGCUUUCGAUUCCAUCCAACAGAGGAAGAACUCCUUGGUUUUUACCUCAAAAACAUGAUUUACGGCAACAAGUUGCGUUAUGAUGUAAUUGGAUUUCUCAACAUUUAUCACCAUGAUCCCUGGGAUUUGCCUGGAUUGUCGAAGAUUGGGGAGAGGGAAUGGUAUUUCUUUGUGCCUAGAGAUAGGAAGCAUGGCAAUGGAGGGAGACCAAACCGGACGACUGAAAAUGGGUACUGGAAAGCCACUGGUUCUGACCGGAAAAUUGUGAGCUUAUCAGAUCCAAAGCGGAUAACUGGCCUGAAAAAGACUCUUGUUUUCUAUAAAGGGAGAGCUCCACGAGGAAACAAGACUGAUUGGGUCAUGAACGAGUAUCGCCUCCCAGAUGGUUGCUCCUUGCCUAAGGACAUAGUUUUGUGCAAGAUAUACAGGAAAGCUACCUCCUUGAGAGUACUGGAGCAAAGAGCAGCAUUGGAAGAAGAGUUGGAGGCAACGAACACAACAACUUCUUCUCCAUUGUCAUCCUUAGAGACCAUCUCCUUUCGCAGCCCAAAAGAAGAUUUGGUGCCAUCAAUUUCUGAAACCAGAGAAUUCUUCAAGAAAGAAAUUGAAGAAGAAAAAGAAGCAAUGGUGGAAGAGAAAAAAGAUAUAAUAGCAAAGGAGAACAAAGUUUCUCCAGCAUCUCUGCAAUUUCCUGUAGGCAAUGAAAAAUUGGCAGAGCUUCAAUUGCCCAAAAUUAUAAAUGACUGGACCCAGGAUCAAUUCUGGACUCAGCUAAAUAGCCCUUGGUUUCAGAAUCUGACACCAUAUGCAAACAUCCUGAAUUUCUAAUACCCUAAGUUAUUUUGCCAAGCCAAGCUUAAUUUAGACUCUGAUGUAGUAAAUAAGCUUUAAUCAGCUACUGCUAUAUCUCGGUACUUGGUUAGGUCCCCUCGGCUCACAUUGAAGUUUUGGAUGACCAUUUCUUUUACUGUGUUCAAGCUUUAAAUGAAAAAAAAAAAAAAUGCACACAUGUUCUACUUCGAAUUGAUUGAACCUUGAAAAUGUUUGACCA